AUGGAAACAUUUAGUGAAGAAAUGUCAAAUAAUUAUGAAAUGUUGGGUAAAAUUGGAGAAGGAACUUAUGGAACGGUUUUUAAAGCAAAAAGUAAAGAAAAUGGGCAAAUUGUUGCUCUAAAAAUUGUUAAAUUGGAUGAUGAAGAUGAGGGUGUUCCUUCAUCUGCAUUACGUGAGAUUUGUCUUUUACGUGAACUAAGACAUGGAAAUGUUGUCAGAUUAAAUGAUGUUAUACAUACCGACAAAACGUUGAAUUUAGUUUUUGAAUUUUGGUUGGCAAUUUUUUAA